AUGCAAGCCGCCACGUGACUUCAACUGGAGGCGGACCUUUAGUCACGAAAUUCCUGUUUGGAAAUUCAUGAAAGGAUUUUUGUUUCAUUCGUCUUUUGGGGUUUCCAAGGACUGCAGACCGAGAGGACCUUCCAGCGAAAAACUCCGCCGCCAGGUUGCGUCUGUGUGCUUGUUUCACAAUAUCUAUUAUCAACUUCGUCAUUAACCUAGCAGCGUUUUCUCUCCGUCUGUUCUUCUUCCACUGGCGUUACGGAUACGUCAAUGACGCCGACAGGCCCAUGGGAUUUUUGUUUGUUUCCAGGAAAGGGCAUUGGUCCUCUUGCAUCGCGGAUGAUUCACAGAGGAUAUGCCUUACACCUUCUUUCCUUUGCUGCGUGACUCACGGCCGCCGGGCAUCCGUGCUGCCCCAGACCCCACGUCGUUCACUUUCCUACAUAGUAGUUAUUGCCCUUGGCGCUGCUCGUUGUUGUUGGUUCCCCUCCGCGCCUCCGUCAGCUGCUUCGCGUCUCGGUCUCCGUCGUACGAGGUGGGGAGAACCAGGGCUCCGCUCAGGCAGACUGCGGCCCGCUCGCUCAGCACGCACAAGUACAUUCGCCUGUCUUCCAGGUGCUGAGCGUUGGUGCUUUCUGCAGUAUCCGUCAUCUCCAGGAAAACUCUCGAGUAUAAAUCUUAUGGCUGUGGAUAAAGGCGUUUCCGAAAGUGAUAAAUAUCGAAGCAUUACGAAAGUGACCUGUCAUCGCUGCCUGUGUUCUGACGUAAACACCCGAAUGCCGUUGUCCUCUAUCCAUAAUUCGCACAUGAUGGUGAAAACUAACUGUGGUCCGUGACUGCCAAAACUGGCACUUGCUGCAGGCACUGUUCGGAAUGCCCAGGAAAGGAAUAACUCCGUAAUCUACCGCGAGGAAAAGCAAGUCUGAGCCCGAGGACUUCCUACGGCCCACGCCAGCGAAGA